GGAGUGAGGACAGGUGCUCCGGAGGUGAGGGUUUCGGAGGCGGAAACCUGCUGGUCCAGUAGACGGACUCUGCUCCUUAUAAACGUGUGUUAUGGUUUGUGGUUUUCUGGAGAUUUUGCCGGUGAAGAGAGGAGACACUUGAGUUGAGGAGGAGAAGAAAAGCUCAAGUUUGUGGAGGCGGGAGAUGUGAGGGGUCAGGACACCUGGCUGGCUCGUGCGUGAAAUGGAUUCUGCUGCGACCCUCUGAGGGACUGCUGUCACAGUUGUCACAUUUCGAUUUGGGUCGUUUAAAGUGUCCACACCAGCUGUUGUGUCCCAGUUUCCUCCUUCCAGUCAAAGAUGACAGAGAGGACCCCAUGGUGGAAGGCAUUCCUGUCAAAGAGGAAGACUGUUGGCACCAAGGACGCAGGUUCACCCCACGCCUUGGGCCCGGACUUUGACCCCUUUGACCAACAUCCAGAGAAGCAAAAAGACCCUGCCGCAGCAGCCUCCAAGACCGCCGGCGACCAGUCCCUGUCUCAGCAAGACUCCGGCAAGAACUCCAGCCUCCUUAGUGACGACACUUACGACGACUCCCACCUGCAGUCGGUCUUCAACGAGCAGACAUGUCGCAGGAACAUGAAAGUGUCACGCUCGGGUCGAUUUAAAGAGAAGAGGAGAGUUCGCUCGAGCCUUCCUAUACAGGAGAAAGGGACAGAGAACGUGGCGUCAGGGAAAGAGGACAUGCGGUGACGAGGAAGGAGAGUGAGGAGGAUGAAGGACUGCUUAAUAAAGAUGCUUGAUGAGGGAGAGGAAUUUGAGUACAUGAGGAUGCUUCAAACUCUUGAGGCAUUCCAAGAGGUCUACUGUGUGUUGGUUAUGAUGGGGAUGAUGGAGAUGAUAAGGAGCGUUCAACUUUAGGCCCAGUACUGAAGGAAUAUGGUUAUGUGGUGCAAUAAAUAUUGAAAAUUUGUUAAUGGACUUGUGGCAGAGGGCCGCACAAAUAAUAAUAAGUGGCAUAAAAAGGGAUUUUACUUGUUUAUAAUGGUUAUUCAACCUUUUUGCCAAAAAUAUCCCACAAUGAAAGCCCAAAUGAGGAGAUAGAUUAGUAAUGCAGUGAGCACUUAAAAGCCCAAUAUAGCUAAAUAAUUGAAUGUAAUUUUCUAUCAGUGCUCAAGAUAAAGUGUGAUAUGCUUCGUGACAGUUUUGUUGAUGUUUACAUUAUUUCUGUAAUAAGAUUAAUAUAUGUUUAAGAAUGAAGGAUAAGUAUAAUGCUCCUUUUACAAUGCUUUUACAAAAACAGGUUGAUUCUAAAGGGUUAGAAGGAUGUUUAUGAAGGUGUAAAUGGUUUCAUUAUUUUGUGCAGAAAAAAAAUCAGCUAGUUGAGGAAAUUAAGGAAUGCUUAUGAGCAGCUUUUAGUCAGUCACUUGCCAGUAAAAUGCAUAAAUAUUUAAAAUGAAGGAUGAAGUCCGGCAUGUUUAAUUAAACAUAAUGGCUCCUAAACAAAGCUACUGAUACUGAAGUAAGAAGUUAAUGUUGUAUCCAACUGAAGGAGAUAUGGCUGUGUAGCCAUAUCAGAAGUA